AUGGGUGUGUACAACUGUGGGAAGCGUGCGAGUUCAGGGACUACACAUCCCAAGAACCACCGGGACACCUAUUCUCUUUAUUUCUACCGCCAGCGUUCCGCAGACCUCAUGGGAUUUGUAGUUCAUGUCUUCCUACAGGGCCGAAGACUUUGGAGUGGGUGGGCCUGCAUUGAUGAGAACCUGGAGGUGGUACGCUUCCUGGUGGAGCAGGGUGCCACGGUGAACCAGGCGGACAACGAGGGCUGGACGCCCCUGCAUGUGGCCGCCUCCUGUGGUUACCUGGACAUCGCCAGGUACCUCCUGAGCCACGGGGCUGACAUUGCCGCCGUCAACAGCGAUGGGGACUUGCCCCUGGACUUGGCCGAGUCGGACGCCAUGGAGGGGCUGCUGAAGGCGGAGAUUGCCUACCGAGGUGUGGACGUGGAGGCGGCCAAACGGGCCGAGGAGGAACUGCUUCUUCGUGACACGAGGUGCUGGCUGAACGGGGGCGCGAUGCCCGAGGCCCGGCACCCCCGCACGGGGGCCUCUGCCCUGCACGUGGCAGCUGCUAAGGGCUACAUCGAAGUGAUGAGGCUGCUCCUUCAGGCCGGCUACGACCCAGAGCUCCGGGACGGGGACGGCUGGACCCCCCUGCACGCCGCGGCCCACUGGGGCGUGGAGGACGCCUGCCGCCUGCUGGCCGAGCACGGUGGGGGCAUGGACUCGCUGACCCACGCGGGCCAACGUCCCUGCGACCUGGCUGAUGAGGAGGUGCUGAGUCUGUUGGAGGAACUGGCCCGGAAGCAGGAGGAUCUGCGGAACCAAAAGGAAGCUUCUCAGAGCAGAAGCCAGGAGCCCCAGGUGCCUUCCAGCGGCAAACACCGAAGGAGCUCCGUGUGUCGUCUGAGCAGCCGAGAGAAGAUUUCUCUCCAAGAUCUGUCCAAGGAACGCCGGCCUGGGGGGGCAGGGGGGCCCCCCAUACAUGACGAGGAUGAGGGAGAAGAAGGCCCCACAGGUGGUGUGACUCUCACCGACCUGAAGGAAGCAGAAAAGGCAGCAGGGAAGACCCCAGAGCCAGAGAAAUCGUGCCUGGACCCCUCUCGGAGGCCCCGAGUCCCGGGGGUGGAGAACUCUGAUGGCCCUGCCUUGAGAGCAGAGGCGCCUGACGGGCAGGGUCAGGGACCACAGGCCGCCAGGGAGCACCGCAAAGUCGGCAAAGAGUGGAGGGGGCCUGCGGAGGGGGAGGAGGCGGAGCCGGCCGACCGCAGCCCAGAGUCCAGCACUUCCGAGGGCGGCCCUUCACCUCGCAGUCAGCGGCAGCGUGACUCCCAGCCAGAAUCAGACGAGCCCGAUGGAGGCUUCAGGAAGCUGUACGCAGGGCUGCGCAGCGAGAACGAGCGGCUGCGCGAGGCCCUGACUGAGACCACGCUCCGCCUGGCGCAGCUCAAGGUGGAGCUGGAGCGUGCCACGCAGAGGCAGGAGCGCUUUGCAGAGAGGCCCGCCCUCCUGGAGCUGGAGAGAUUCGAGCGCCGGGCCCUGGAGAGGAAGGCAGCCGAGCUGGAGGAGGAGCUGAAGGCCCUGUCCGACCUCCGGGCUGACAACCAGAGGCUCAAGGAUGAGAACGCAGCCCUGAUCCGCGUCAUCAGCAAACUUUCUAAGUGA